AUUAAAUACUAUUUGUAAAUGCAUCAGAGAGCCACUUUCAAUUAUUAACAGACGGCCAUGAUGUGUGGAUGUGAUAAAAUUCAAUUAAAAAUUUAAUAAUUUACCAGCACAUUUAAGAAAUUAUAAAUAAAAAGGACACGUGUCUUGCCCAUCAGCAAUGCAGCAAUAUUCGACAAUAUCAACAGCAACAGCAGCAGCAGCAACAACAUUAUUUAAAAUAAAAACCUGUCAACUAUUUUAUUGCCAAUUAGUAAAAUAUUUAUUGACACUGGCCGAGCAAUAAAAUCGUAUGUACAACGAAUAUUGAAAAAAAAAACAAAAGAAAGAAGAAUAUUAAAUUUAUGUACAUAAAUCAUUUGUAAAACAAGUGGUUGUUCGUGUUGACACGUUGUUCUGUUCCUGGAUGCUGCUCUGGCCACGAGAGUGCAACAUAUUGACAUAAAAUUAUAAAAUUAUUAAACAACAAUUGACGGCUGACAAUUAAAAGCUUCACGAUUGGAUUUAUGAAAUUUACUGCUCCCUCAAAUUGCCGUUAAUUGUAUUUUGCAUUUGCAGUGAAAGUGCCUGUCAUCCUGUUCUGGGUUUUGCGAGAGUGUGACGAACAUUUUAUCCUCAACGAAAUUCAUUUUAUACCGUCAAGUUGGAAGGAAAAAAUCUGUUUACAGCAGUUAAUCAUUUUUUCACUGGUUCAUCAUUUGCCAGGGAAAUUCGACAGCUAAUGACACGAACUACAUCCGCAAGUGUCGAUGACACUGCCGACGCAUUUACAAACGUUGACCAGAUAACUGGCAGUAACGAUGAGACACAGACAGACAUUUCACAUGCAAUUGAGACGGCAGCCACUGAACAAAGUACAUCGAUAGCACCCUCACCCUCGGUAGAAGGGAUUUUAGCAAAAACACAUCCACCCUUGCGGCGACGUUCACCCAGACAACGUAAAAAAACAAUUCUACAUGAUGGCAGUGGCGACGAAGAGCUAACAAUAGCCGAUGCAUUAACAAAAUCCAACAAACGUCAUAAAGAUAGCAAUACUAGACCAGAAAUAAAUAGCCAACGAAAUCGUCGACAGAGAAAUCAACGUAACCAGAGACAUACUUCAGAUCCUGACACGGAUUCUUCGUGUGAUUUUACAACCACCACUAGUGCAGCACAACGUCAGCAAUUUCCAAAUGUCUUACCAAAUAUCCGUAACUCAUAUGUCAGAGAUUUCGAUGGGGAAAUCGUUUACGAACACAACGACAAUGAAGAAGACUACUGCAGUGAUCAUGAAACAAAACGAGACGAUGACGAAGACGUGGAAUACGAUGAAGAGGAUUACGAUGACGAAGAUGAAGACGAGGAGGAGGAGCUGGAAGAGGGAGAUAACGAUUAUUUUGGUGAAUCUCCAUUGACGGAACGUAAACGUAGUAAUACUUCAAGUACGGAGGGUGGGAGUUUGCGGUUCAGCUCUACGCGUGACAAACGUGUCAAACGCAAAUCAAAAAUACGUCAAUUUUCAACACAACGAACGUAUUCAAAUGAUUCUAAUGAAGGAGGCAGUGGUCGCAUCAUAUCAAAAGGACAAAUGAGAGAAUUCCGAGAAGCUUUCCGUUUAUUUGACAAAGAUGGAGAUGGUUGUAUAACCAAAGAGGAACUGGGAACAGUAAUGCGUUCUUUAGGUCAAUUUGCUCGUGUUGAAGAGCUACAGGAAAUGUUGCAGGAAAUCGAUGUUGAUGGCGAUGGCAAUGUUAGUUUCGAAGAAUUUGUUGACAUCCUGUCGAAUAUGGCAUACGAAGAUAAAUCAGGACUUUCGUCAGCCGACCAAGAAGAACGUGAAUUACGAGAUGCAUUUCGGGUAUUCGAUAAACAUAAUCGUGGUUAUAUUACCGCUUCAGAUUUAAGAGCCGUAUUACAAUGUUUGGGAGAGGAUCUCGAUGAGGAAGAAAUUGAGGACAUGAUUAAAGAAGUGGAUGUCGAUGGCGAUGGUCGUAUAGAUUUCUAUGAAUUUGUACAUGCUUUAGGUGAACCAGAGGAUUCACAGGAAAAUGACGAGGAAGAAGAAAACACAACAUCACCAUUGCCAACACCCAAAUCAAACGUUUCUAUAACGUAUGAAUAAAUUUAAAACAGCUAACAAACAACAAGAAAACUAUUAAAUUUUCUGCAACAAAAUAUUGAAAAACUUGUUUUUUUUCGCAUAGUAAUUGUAAUUUUCUAGGAAACCAUGAAUUAUAUUAAAAUUUUUAACUUUAAUGAAAAAAAAAAAGAAAAAUUACAAUCAAAAUUGAUAUAAAACCUAUAAAAAUCAUGAAGUAGAAGGAAAAAAACCAUUGAUCUUUUAACAAAUACUUAAACUAAAUUCAAACAUAAAUAC